UUGCAUCAUUGUUUUGGGUGCAGGAGAAUAUGAAGCAAAAGAUAGUGAUUAAGGUGUCAAUGCACUGUGACAAAUGCCGCACAAAGGCCAUGAAGAUAGCUGCAGUAGCAGACGGUAGGUUUACUGAUCAUCUCUCAAUAAGCGUGACAUCAGUGGCAUUCCAAGGGGAAGAUAGAGAUAGGCUGUUGAUAGAGGGAGAUGGAGUUGAUGCAGCCUGCUUGACUGAAUCCUUGAGAAAGAAACUUUGCCAUGCAACCCUGGAAACAGUUGAGGAAAUCAAACCAAAAGAAGAGAAGGAAGAAAAGAAGGAAGAAGAAGAACCAGCACCAUGCCCAAUUGCUUAUUGUCAUCAGCCUCCGUUUGAAUUGGUUGCAAUGGUUCCUGUUUCUGAUCCCCACCCAACUAGUAGUUGCACCAUCAUGUGAUGGGCGGAGAGACAGAAAUAAAAGUUUCAAUAGCUU